GUACACAUGCAGAACGUACACCAGUCGCUGUUCAAUGAACAACGUACACCUUCAACUUGUAUAAAUCAAACCUCCUUACUAGUUGUAGCCACAACCCACUUGGUGUUUCACUUCAGAUUAAGUGAAGCAAGGGAUCAACGAUGCCUCCUGGUAAAGGCCUAGCUUUCCUUUUAGCUAUUUCUUUAUUGGCAAUAUGUGUUCAAAAUUUAGAAGCCCAGAAAAAUGAGCUAAAAUCCAUGGUGUAUUUAUCACCUAAAAUACCCCAACAUCCGGGUUCAGUUUCAAAGAAAUACUAUUAUGACAUCGAGUUCCCAAAAGGUCAUAUUGCUAUAAAAAGUUUCAAUGCUGAAGUUGUUGAUGAAGCGGGUGACCCUGUUUCUCUUCAAGAAACCUAUCUCCACCACUGGAUUACACUAAGAUACUACCAUCGUAAGGAUGUUGAGUUCAAUGUCAAUCUUGGGCCAGAUAUAAUUAUUGCUGGGAAUGCUGGAUUAUGCGAUCAUGGUCUUUCCCAGUUUUUUGGAUUAGGAUCCGAAACAAGAAAAACAUCCACUAACAUUCCUGAUCCUUAUGGAAUCGAAGUUGGUAAUCCACUAGAAGUUCCUGCAGGAUAUGAGGAGAAAUGGCUGUUUAAUAUCCAUGCAAUCGACACUCGGGGCACAGUAGAUGCAAUGGGAUGUACCGAGUGCAGAUGUGACUUGUAUAAUGUGACGGAAGACGAAUAUGGCCAGCCGUUAAAGCCGGAUUAUGUGGGAGGAAUACAUUGUUGCUAUGAUGGAACACAAUGCAAAUUGAAAAAUGGGAUUAAAAGUAUUGAAAGAAACCUUUACUUAAGGUACACCGUUAAGUGGGUUGACUGGAGUGACUUCAUAGUACCUGUUCAAAUCUUUAUAUUAGAUGUCACUGAUCCUUGGCAGUACACAGGAAUCCAUGAUUGCCUUAUCGAGUAUGAUAUUGAAAAAUCUACCACUGGAGUUGAUACUCAUGACUUUACCAGCACCAAGAGGUCAAUUAUGAUUCUCCCUAUUGAGGGUGAUGUGGUUUAUGCUGUUGCUCACCAACAUAUUGGUGGAAAAGGUUCUGCUCUAUACGGUGAGGAUGGACGGAUCAUUUGCUCGUCAGCACCUAUAUACGGGCAUGGAAUGAGUGCGGGAGAUGAAGCUGGUUACAUUGUUGGAAGGUCCACAUGUUAUCCUGAACCGGGUACUAUGAGAAUAGCUAAAGGUGAAGCAUUAACAGUGGAGUCUAAUUACAGCAAUGAAAAGCGCCACACUGGAGUUAUGGGGCACUUUUACAUUCUUAUUGCAAACACUUCUUUCAAUUUCAAUGAACCGGUUCAAAUUCAUGAAGAAUUAAAAACACCGUUCUUCUUUUGGGGUGUAGUUGUGUCUGGAUUGGCAAUUUGUGCUUCUGUUUUUGUUGUUAGUCAAAGAAGAAACCAGAAUGAGGAUGGGUAUGUAUCUAUUGCAACUUGAACAACCCUUUCAUCAGAUGAGAGAAAACGGGUACAAAAUAAUCUAUGAUUUGGUACCAUAAUCAUGUUGGUUGGUAAAAUCUAGAAGUUUUACCAGAAAAUAAGUUACCCUUAAUUUAUCAGUGUAAAUGUAAAUGUGGUGGACACUCAAGACAAUGUCGUUUAUGAUAUCAUAA